GUUAAUCGGAAGCAACGUCCAAGAAAGGCCAAAGUAGUUCGUUCCAUUAUUUUAGACUGUUCAACCCCGCCGUGGACGCAUAAUCGCACAGUGUUUUUCACGCUUAUUUGCACUGUUUUACAAAUGACUGACGGACCUGCUCUGCCUUGGGCUGCUGGCGAGAACGCCGAGGCUGUGGCACAACAAGAGGCCACUGACGAUGUAGCCCCUGCGCCUCGUUCAAUCCUCAGGAUGGAGGAGGCUGGGCUCACAGCAGGGGCCCGGCUGGAGGUCAAGUGGAAUGUAGAGCCGGACGAGGGCGAGGCCUACACGCGGUGGUGGGGAGCAACGCUGGUGGGACCCAGCACUGAGAAGCACCCUGAUCACCCUGACGCAUCAGUCUACGAGCUUGCAUACGACGCCCAUGAUGACUUCGACCAGGAAAAGAGCCAUGUCGUCUUGAUGGGAGAGCACUCCCUUCUACAACUGGACCAGACCGAGGAGCUGACAUGGCGCCGCGAGGGUGACGAGUGGGACGAGGUUCCUGAGGAUGGUGACGAUGAGGAGGAGGUGGUGGACGGCGAGGCGGUGGUGACCAUGGAGGACCUGGCCGAAGAGGAGAAGGAGCUGCUGGGCGGCAAGACGCUGGAGGAGGCGGAGAGCGAGGCGAUGAGCACCCUAGAGCCCGCCAAGCGCAUCGCGGUGGCGGCUGGCUUCCGUGACUUCGCCGACAACCUGGUGUCGUUCCUGCACGAUGUAGUGGGCAGUGCGCCCGAGUCAGACGGCGGGCCGCCCACCGUCACGGCGGAGCACGUGCAGGCAUUUGUGGAGCACAUGGCGAAGAAGCAGCGCACCCGGUGAAGCUGAGGUUCGUGCAUUGGCGCCUGUAGGCGGCUGCCCCCUGGCAGGCCCCAGUGCCCAUGUAAUGUUGAUUUGCACAUUGACGGCGGGGGCUGGGCGUGGCGCAGGAUGAGGAGGGGUCCCAACGUGGGCAGGGUGGCAGCCAUUCGGCUUCGGCAGGACUCAUGGACCGCCAUGGCGGACUAACAAACGUAUUACAGCCCUAAUAACAUGAGUUUCAUCAAGUCUGAUAACAUAGAUGGUUGUCCGUUGCUUGCAUUGAACACAUGGCAUGCAUACCGUACGGUAUGCUGCACUGAUUGCAGACCAGGUUGAGUUGAUGAGUGGCCGCACACACGAGAUGUGUUACGACUUCACGCAUCUAUUCGCAUGAAGAAUCGCUUAAGGCUGACCCAGGCAUUAAGACCGCUGUGAACGCAUGCACGCGCGUGGCCUUGCGCUUUGAUUACCGCUCAAGAAAUAGACGUCGGGUUUAACUUUCUCUGUAACAUGUGAUACAUGGCAGCGUACGUGAAUGCCGUAGAAUCGAGUACAUGCUGGCAGCGCGGCGCAGCGUCUAAUACUGUACGGGCGUUUCUCUUGGGACCUUCCUGCCUCUUUUGGGGUCCCCUCACUCCUCAGGCCUCAUUUGGCACUCGCACACCAACUUCACGAUGAUGACACAAAAUACGUAUCGGAGAAGGCAAGAGCACGACGUCGUUGAGGCUUGGGCGCUAACUGAUGGUCAAGGCGGGGGGACGGACACGUGCCAUGCGGGCCUGGAAGACUGCCUGAGCUCGCGACAACCCAACCGUGUCUGCGAGCGAGGCCGCGCUGGUGUUAUCCCCAGCCGUGCUGAUAUCAAUGGUUGCUUGCAUUAGGUGCUGAGUCACAUUGUAACCGUUGCGCCUC